AUGUGGGCAGUGUUGCCUUGGAAUCUGGUUGCUGUUCGAGGUUUCACUUUCCCAGAGGUUGACGCUGAGUGUCUUUUUACAGGAAUCUCGGUCAGUGUCUCCACCUUCAGUCUGGUGGCUAUCGCUAUUGAGCGAUACAGUGCUAUCUGUAACCCACUGAAAUCCCGCGUCUGGCAGACUCGCUCCCACGCUUACCGUGUCAUCGCUAUCACUUGGCUUCUGUCCAUUGUCAUCAUGAUCCCAUAUCCCGUCUACAAUCUGCUGCACCCCUUCCUCAAGGCCAACAGGAGCAGAGCUCACAACUGCCGUCUGACCUGGCCGAGCAAACACGUGCAACAAGCCUGGUACGUGUUCCUGUUAUUUAUCCUCUUCUUCCUGCCGGGAGUGGUCAUGGCUACCGCUUAUGGACUGAUCUCCAGGGAGCUCUACAGGGGAAUCCAGUUUGAGAUGGACCAAAGAAAGGAAACCAAAGUCCAGGUGAAUGGUGACACAGGCUCCAGCCACGAACACAGUGAGGACAGUGACGGCUGCUACCUGCAGGUGGGAAAGCGUAGGAAUACCAUGGAGAUGGUGACCCUGACACCCAGCUCCAGUGUGAAAUUGGACCGAGCUCGCAGCAAUGCCUCUGAGUCCAAGCUGGUGGCGAAGAAGCGGGUGAUCCGGAUGCUGAUUGUCAUCGUGGUCAUGUUCUUUAUCUGCUGGAUGCCCAUCUACACCGUCAACACGUGGCGGGCCUUUGACAAUCAGAACGCCGUCAGGCGCCUGUCAGGAGCUCCGAUCUCCUUCAUCCACCUGCUGUCGUACACCUCGUCCUGUGUGAAUCCGCUGGUCUAUUGCUUCAUGAACAAGAGGUUCCGUAAGGCUUUCCUCAGCACCUUUGCCCACUGCCUGCGCCCCUUCACCCACCUCCGUCAACACGAUGAGGAACCUGGAGCCACGGGCACCUCCCUGUCCAAGUUCAGUUACACCACCGUCAGCACCGUGGGCCCCCCGUAAACGCCGGGUCCCAGCUCUCACCCCCCACCCCCCACCGAC